CCUCACAUACACAUACACACACUCACCCACUCAAUCUCUCAAACAAACACACCCACACUGAAUCCUUCAAACGCUCAAACACACACACACCGAUCCACGCUCGUCCAGCCUGAAUCUCACACGCACAUUCCUACUCACCCACACUCAAUCACACACACACACAACAGCCUCAGCAACCCAAUCACCCGCUCGACAUCUCACACACUCAAAUGCACCCCAGCACAUAUCGAUCCACUCACUCGUCCACACUAAAGCCUCUCUCACACACACACAACACAACACAAACACACUUCCAUUCAAUCGCAAGACCGACGGUCAACGCGUUAACGAGAGACUGUGACGAGGAGUCUGUGACGAGGAGAGGAGAGCGUCAUGACCCCGGGGACAGAGACGCUGCUCUUAUCACAGCUACUGGCUCUUGUGUAGGACACAGCGGGACCAGAAACGUCAACAACAACAACAACAACAGCCACAACAACUGGGGGUGGGCGAGUGAAUGAAACGUCGCGACUUCGGCUAUCUUGGGGUUGCAAGUGUGAACUGGGCAAGAGCUGGACUGGGUAGGAGUCGUGGGGAGUUGGUGGUGAGGAGAGACGGGGCAGCGUCAUGCACCAGUGGAGGAGCAUUCUGGUGCUGGGUGGAAUGAUCCUCGUGGUGUGUUAUGCACUGCAGGAGCUGUCAGCCGGUGACUCCAUUCUGCGUGGAUGUUCUCUGCAGGUGUGUUAUGCACUGCAGGAGCUGUCAGCCGGUGACUCCAUUCUGCGUGGAUGUUCUCUGCAGGUGUGUUAUGCACUGCAGGAGCUGUCAGCCGGUGACUCCAUUCUGCGUGGAUGUUCUCUGCAGGUGUGUUAUGCACUGCAGGAGCUGUCAGCCGCCACAGAGUGUGGAAAUGGAUUCUACAAAUCGCCACAAGGAGUCUGCUGUGAGCUGUGCCGUGCAGGGAUGCACAAAGUGGCGGACUGCAUCGGUGAUGGAAUGGGCGCCUUGUGUGAGCCGUGCCCUAGAGGCAGAUUCAUGGACAGGGACAGCCAGGAGGAGGUGUGCUCGCAAUGCAGCAGCUGUGGACCAGGCGAGGAGGAGGCUGUGAACUGUUCCGUGGCCCAGGACACGGUGUGUCGGUGCACGGAGGGGCUCCAGAGAGAUGGCGAUUCGGGAUUUUGCCUGCCAGAGGAUCCACGAUCAGACGCCACGUCAGUCGUGUUGGCAACAAUCCUCGGCUUCGUCCUGACUGGACUCCUGCUGUACAUAUUGUGCUUAAAGAUGAAACUGAAGGGGUCGACUUUUAAGAAGAUGUUGAAGCGUCCCGACACUACUCAUACAAAUAACGAGCAUGAUGAAAAUCUACCGCUUGUUCAUAUCAUGCGAAAUGAACACAAGGUGCCAUAUGGAGUUCAGAGGAGCAAUGAGAGCAGCGAGACAAUGCAACAGAUCCGAGAGAACAAAGAGAAUCUCAAGGCCUGGAUCGGAGUGGAUCCCUCGGCUUUCCUGGAGCAUCUCAACGGCUUCAAAUUGAUUCCACGACACGUGCUCCAAGCGGCCGUCGACAAGGGCGGAGAGGAGAGUGUGGAGCUCGUUCUGGACCACUUCCUCAGCCAGGGAGAGGCACGCUGUGAGACGCUGUGGGACGCCCUCUACUCUGUGAGGAAGCAAUACGUGCAGCUGUGGAAGUGGAUUCAGUCACACGGCGAGGCGCUGAGGGCCAUUCGAGAUAAGGAGUCGGAUCUGAAGCUCUGGAUCGCCAGAGACCCCAAGCAUCUUCUGCUGCAGCUGAUGAGUCGGGGACGGAUCCCGAACGAGCUCUUCACCGAGGCCAAGGGCAUCCGGGAUGGUGCGGAGUGCACGGAGCUGCUGCUCAGCUUCUUCAUAGAGAGAGGGAAUGACGACUGCCUCAAGCUGCUCUUUGCCCUGCAGGCCGUGCAGAACGAGUAUCCUGGACUCAAGGAGUGGCUGGGAGGCCUUGACUUCCUCCGGAGACUCUCCAACAAGUCCCCCCUGGUUCUGAACAAGUACAGCGACUUUGUCCUCCGAGACAAAAUCCGCUUCAAGACGAGGGAGCUCCUCGUGGCGCUGCGCGACGACCUGACGCCUCUGCUCUCCCAACUGCAGAUCAGGAACAUCCUCACCGACAACAGCGUGCGGGCCGUGAAGGAGAUGCAAGCUCGGCAGGGCAGCGAGAAGGCGACACAGCACAUGGUGGAGCUGGUGAUGGCGAGGGGGCGACCCAGGGUCAAGCAGUUCUGGGAGGCGCUGUGGGACCUCAGGGAAAGUUACCCAGACCUGGAGAACGUCUUUGAGAAGUUCUAAUGGGUGGAACCGGAGAGAGAGAGGGGAAGACCUAACGGAGAAUGGCUUGACGAUGACCUCAUAACGAGAUUGGUGCCAGAAAGAUGAUGCGGCCACUACUUUAGCAUAUUGGCACGACAAGACAGAGAGAGAGGAAAGUGGAAACAAACCACCACCUACGACUAUGGGGAUAUCUGCCAUAUGGAUCGUGAUGAUGAUGAUGAAUGGUGCGUGGGGGGUAGUUGUGGUCCAGUGGUUAUUGCACUGCACAAAUCACGGUGGCUAGGAUAUGUUAAUUACCCUGCCCCGUAUACAGGACGGGAGGUCGUGGGUUCGAUCGGGACCCAGACGCCUGCUGUUUAUUUUGAGUUUGCAACAUCUCUCUCCCCGUGGUCACGUGGAUUUUCAUCCAAGUCGUCCUCUUUUCCCUUCCGCAUGAAGAAUCAACGUGACGCGUUUAGAAUAUUUUGCUGCCAUAAAAUUCCACGUGAUGAUGUUGACAGGAAUUCGUUGAGCUAUCGUUUCGGAUAGCCAUGUCGCUUCUGAAUAAGAGCUACUGUAUAGCUCAUUGGG